GUAGUUUGUGUUGACUAUAUUGUGGCCGGUUCUAUAAGUUAUAAAAAGUUUGAUUUAAUUUUCCAAUGUCGAAUAGGAAAUAGAUUUGGUGCACUCAUAGGUAGAAAUAUUCCCAUUCACGAUGGCUAAUGGGCCUAUAGCAGAAAGAAAUAGAGAUGCCACUAUAUAUGUUGGUGGUCUCGAUGAUAAAGUCUCAGACUCAUUACUCUGGGAAUUAUUUGUACAAGCUGGACCCUUAGUGAAUGUUCAUAUGCCCAAGGAUAGGGUUACGAUGAUGCAUCAAGGAUAUGGCUUUGUUGAAUUCAUGGGAGAAGAAGAUGCCGACUAUGCUAUCAAAAUUAUGAAUAUGAUCAAACUAUAUGGAAAGCCGAUUAGAGUUAAUAAAGCCUCAGCACACCAAAAAAAUUUGGAUGUUGGGGCGAAUAUAUUUAUAGGAAAUUUAGACCCUGAAGUAGAUGAAAAGCUACUCUACGAUACAUUUUCUGCAUUUGGUGUUAUACUUCAAACUCCGAAGAUUAUGAGAGAUCCAGAUACAGGAAAUUCUAAAGGCUUUGCAUUCAUUAAUUUUGCCAGUUUUGAGGCCUCUGACGCUUCAAUUGAAGCUAUGAAUGGACAAUACUUAUGCAACCGAGCAAUUUCCGUUUCUUAUGCAUUCAAGAAGGAUUCCAAGGGAGAACGUCACGGUUCUGCUGCUGAAAGAUUGUUAGCCGCCCAAAACCCGUUAUCACAAGCUGAUAGACCUCAUCAGCUGUUCGCUGAUGCACCACCAAUGGGUAUGAUGCCUCCGGGUAUGGCUAUGGCGCCUCCUCCACCACCAGUUUUGAUGGCGGGUAUGAUGCCUCCACCUCUCAUGGCACCUGGAAAUAUAGCACCACCUCCACCUCCUCCUGUUCCCCCACCAACAGGUUUUCCUUCUGGUAUACCUCCCCCUCCUUUACCUCCUACCCAGCCACCUCUUCCACCUGGCGCACCCCCUCCACCUCCUACCUCUUCAUCUGGAGCAAAUGCUAGACCUCCACCCCCACCAAUGCCACCAGGAGGUGGUCCACCAAGAAUGAUGCCUCCCAUGUGGCCAGGUGUACCAGCUCCACCUCCAGCUCCUCCUACUAGCAAUGCGCCACCAUUCAUGGGUGGAUUUCCACCACCACCCCCGCCAGGGGGUAGACCCCCACCACCGAAUUGGAGGCCGCCACCUCCCAACUUCAUGGGAAUGCCUGGAAGACCACCAUUUCCCCCACCACCAACUAGUUCGGAAGAAAAUAGUUGGGGCUAACUUUGAAAUUGAAUUUCACCAAAUGACAUUCAACAUUCUUGUUUUCAAGGUAGUUGUUAUAUACUUUGAAAUAUGUAUAUACUGUAUUUCCUAAUGUUCUUUUUUAUCAACCAUUUGUAUUUUCAUACAGUUUCUGAAAAAUGGAAUAAAGUUAAAAAUUCGA